UAAACUUUGAAUUCUGUGAGCUUUUGCAACCAAAGUGAAUUGUAUUUUUAGAUCAAAUUAGCAUUAUGGAGAAGUUGCAAUUUUGUCCUUGGAAAUAUAUUUGACUUAAUAUUAAUCCUGUGAUGUGGAUGCAAUACAGCUGUUAAAAUGGACUCGGGGUGGAAACCUGGUCAGGGAAGAAGGAGAGGGGGUGGAAAGGCAGCAUCUCUAGAUGAUGAGCUAGGAGAUUUACUGGGAUCAGACACAGAUGAACCCAAAAAGAAGGCAGGGGGCAUGAAAAGAAAUGAAGCUGUUCCAAAUUUCCAAGAUAAAGCUUAUGCAAAGUCUCUAAAAGGCAAAGGUGGCAAAAGUAGGGGCAGAGAUGAAGAUUUUUAUGGCAAUCUAGCUGCAGACAUAUCUGGCCCAUCUGAUGAGUCAGAAGUAUCAGAGGCAAACCUUGAUGAGUUGAACAAGACAUUAGGGGAUCUAGAUGAUAUGGAAUCAAGCUUAUUUAGUUCACCUAAGAAAAAGAAAUUACCAGCUAAAAGUCCAGUCAAGGCUGCUGCAUCCAAGGCACCUAAAACCCCUUCCCCAAAAGCAUCCCCAGCAACUCCUAGAAAGAAAACUACAGCCAUGGAGGAGCACAAAAAAGGGAAAAGCCCUAGAGCUGGUGGCAAAGAUUCUUUAGAUGAUUUGCUGGCUGAAAAACCAGUAACUACAAAGGCAGCUGAAAGUACACCUACAAAAAGUAAAGCAAAGAAGAUUGAUUUUGGAGAUUUUGAUGAAGAUGAUCCAUUAGCUGGAUUGCUGUCUGAUGAUGAAGAUGAAGGAGGCAGGAAAAAGAGGCCAGCGAAGAAAAAACAGCAACAAAAACUUGCAGCUGAGAGUAAAACUGAAGAAGUGACAAAGACAGAGGGAAAAAAUGAAUCUUGGGAUACUGACGAAGGAACUGAACCAGCAAGCAAACCAGCCCUGGUACGACCUCCUACUAGAAGUGGCAGCCGUCCAACAUCUAGCGAACCAAAGCCAGAUCCUUCAGUUGAAGAAGUGGCACCUAAACUUGGAGUUACCCCAAGAAAAGGUUCAGCUAAUGCCCAGAAGAAAAGGGAUGAGAUUAACUUUGAUGAUGAUGAUGACAGUGGUGAUCUCUUAGGAGGACUAAGCAGUCCAAGAAAGCAAAAAGAAACUUCUAAAGAAGCUACCCCCACAAAGAAAACCACCACAGCCAAAAAGAAGAAAGAUGAGAUAGACUUUGAUGACGACGACCUUUUGGGAGGUCUAGACAGCCCAAGAAAACCCAAAGAAACAAAGGCUAAGGAAAAGACCUCAAUCAUGGACUCUCUACUAGGGAAGAGUUCUGUGGAUGAGCACUUAAAGAGGCCAGACUCAGGACAGAGGACCUUCACAUUUGACAAGACAAAGCUGCCUCCUAAGAAAGAAGAAAAACCAAAACAGAAAGAUGAAGAGGAUGAAGAUUUUACAUUUGGGGACUAUAUGCCAAGUGCUGCCAGCACAGGGAGGCCCUCUUCCACUUUGAGAAGAUCUGUGAGGUUCCAAGAUGAUGAAGACAUGUUUGGUUUGUCCUCCAGUAAAGGAAGGUCAGGCAUACCAGCAACUUUACAGCUGGAUGAAGGAACUGAUUGGUUGGAUAUGGCAUCUGGGACUAAAUCUGACCAAUCAGGUGCCAAGAAAACUACUGACUCAAACAAACAGUCCAAAGCAAAACAAGAGAGUGGAUCAGAUUGGCUGGGACUUAGUGCAUCAAAGUCAGAUGAUGAAAAUGAUUGGUUAGGGUUAUCUACUGCAAAAUCAAAAACAAACAAAGCUAAAUUGGCAGAUAAGCCUUUGGAAGAAAGAGAAAAAGUGUCGCAGAAAGAAAGAACAGUUUCUCCAGAUGAUUGGCUGGGCCUAGGCUCUUCUAAAACUAAACAACAUGAGAAGAAAAGUGAACUGGGGCACACUGCACAAUCAGCAGCUAGUGGAAGGGGCCAAUCACCAACGAGGUCAGAAUCAAAAGAGCAGUCUGAUUGGCUGGGACUAGGAAGCCCCAAACAUAACAGAUCUUUCCAAGAAGAGGAUCCAUCUGAUUGGUUAGGUGGUCCAAAGAAAACUCCAACUCAGCAGGAUGGAAAGAAAGAUGCUGCAGACGAUUACUUGGGACUUGGAAAAGAAGUGUCAGCUCAUGAUUCCAGGGGGAGCCAUUUGUCUAGUGCAGAUGAGAGAGGGCUGGACUUGUUCUCUUCACCAUCACCAAGAAGAACUAGUACUCUACCAUGGGAAAGUGCAGCUAAAGCUGGAAGAAGAGCUGCACAAAAUGUGCCAUUGCAACAACAGUCACCUCGACAACAACCUCAACAACCAAAGCAAACAGUCGCUGACAGUUCAACACCUGCACAACCCAUUCAGGCUCAAACUUCCCUAGCUGCUCAAGUUCAAGACAGUAUUAUGACUCCCAAAUUAGGAGAACCUCCUGUAGCAGAACUACCAGUAGAUGUCUCUGUUCCCAAGACAGGUCUGGCCCUACAGAUUGAACAGUUGCAGAAAUUGCAGCAACAACAGCAACAAGAAGAGCAGCGACUACAGGAGGAAAAGUUAAAACAACAGCAGCAGUCCAUGUUGCAGAUGCAGUUACAACAGGCAGAGAUCCAAAAGCAGAUACAACAACAACAGGAGCAGCAGCUUCUUGCUCAGCAGAAAGAGCUGAUGGACCAACAGCUCAGAGAACAUCAACUUAAGAUGGAGAGAAUGCAACAACAGCUGGCUACCUCUCAGCUAUUACAGACACCUCCCAGUAUAAUGCAUGUCCCGGGCUCUCCAUACACUCCUAGUCCUACCCAGGCCAUGAUGGGUACUCUGCAGGAUCCACAGUCCCUUGCCAAACAGAAGGCUGAACUUGAAACCACUGCGGCAGAAUUAGAAACCAAGCUGAAAAAACUUGAACUGGAGAAAGAACAUCUUCAGUCAACAAUUGAGAGCACAAAGAACCUGCAUCAGGAGGAGAUGAAAACAAUUGAAUCAAUCCACAAAGGCAGAGUUCAGAUGAUUGAAGAAUCCUACCAAAGAAGGGAAGCAAGGUUAAAAGAGGAUGUGGACCUGGCUGCAGCCCAGAAUGCUCUGAAGAUAAAACAGAUGGAGAUGGAGAGGGCAGACCUCAUGUCUUCUCAGCAGAGGAAGUUACAGGAGUUGGAGAGAGACAGAACGGAGGAACUACAGCGAUUAAAAGAGCAGCACAGGUCUGCCAUAACUGAUAUACAAAAGGAACAUGAAGAAGCAAUUCAGAGAUUGAAAGCAAUUAACCAACAAGAAGUGGAAGCAGUCAGCACUGCUACUUCACAUAACAGAUCUCUGCAGUCAGUGGUAGAUCGCAUUCAGAGCAACACUCGCAGCCUGAGUGAUCUCCAACAUGUAGUGGAGACACACCACUUUGCCAACAUCAAUGAUAGAGACAUUGCUGCUACUGCAAGAGAUGAACACUUAAAACUGCUCCAAGAAAGGCUGAUAAAGCAGCAGGGGGACAUGGACAAGGAGAGAGAAAGACUACAACAGCUGGUUGCAAAGAUGGAGAUUCAGCUUAGAGAACAAGGUAGACAGCUGGAGGAGGAAAAAUGGAAAGUUAAACAGGAACAGAACAAGCUGUCAGUUCUCCAGAUAUCUGUAGAAGAAGAAAGAAGAAUGAUAACAGAUCAGUUGACCAGGGAAAGAAGUGAGCUACAGAGCUCAAAGGAUGCCUUGUUGAAGGAACAGAAGACCAUCUACUCCCAGCUAUAUGAUGAGAGAAGAGCACUCUCAGAGGAGAGGGCUCAGUUUAAUAUGUUACAGAGUACACUUCUCAAUAGGGAACAGAGGGACACUGUCCGUAAUGUACAGGCAGAGGCUGACCUUGAAGGCACCAUGAAAACCCUGAGCAAUGAGAGGAUGAGGCUGCAGACCAUGUCAGAGGAACUUCAGAAGGAACAACAAAGGAUCAACACAGAGAAGCUGGCAUUAGACCAACAGAAGGCGGCCCUGCAGAUGGAGAAGGAGAAGCUGGAUGAACUGGCCACACACAUGAAGCUGAGAUCUCAGGAAGUGGAAGAAAUUAGCUUGGAAGCAUCUAAAGUGAGAGAAGAAGGUGAUAGAAUGUUAGCUGAGGCCAGAAAGGUCCAGGCUGAGCAGAGUAACAAGUUACAGAAUAUACAGAUCCAGAUUAGUGCCCUCAGAGAGAAGGAGAGGCAGAUUGCUCAGGAGAGACUGGGUCUUGCCAAGGAGAAAAAGGAACUUGGUCACUUGAGAAAUUCUUUCAUUUGUAUCAACUGUAGAACACCUGUGAAGGAUGCCACACAACAUGGAAGUCCUAUAUUAGGGGCAGCCCUCAAUAUCCCAGGGAGUUCUGCCAAUGCAAAUGGGGCUGCCAUUUCUUUACAAGGGAGUGGAACAGGUGAACCCUUUACCAGCCCAGUUCUCAACAGCAUUAGCUCUAGCCUGGCAAAGGACAGAACUUUUAGAAUGUGGAAAAUGAAUGCAGAAAAGGACCAUGAGUUCCUGGAAGAUGAAAGUUUAUUUCUUGAGGCUCUUAAACAUUCACCAUACCAUACCCCACCAACAGCUGUCAAAGACUAGAGCUUAAUCAAAGACUGAGCCACACUUCUAUUUUUGUAUAUAUUUAUUUUUUACAUAUUUUUUUCAUGAGUGACUUUACUUCUAUAAAUAGGCCUCCGGCCAUUUAUCACAACUGGCAUCAGUUUGUAUUAUAACUAUAACAUAAUAUAUGCACAUGAAACAAUAAAUUAUGUAACAUUAAAGUA